UUGAACAGAUAUUUUCACAACAUCAUGAAUGUAUUUGUAACAAAAACACUGAAUUACUACUCUUAAAAUUGCUGAAAUGGUGAAUUUUAUGUUACAUGGACUUCACCUUAACAAAAAAAUACAAGGAAAACUAAAAACCAGAUUACCAACCAUGACUAUCAAUAGCAGGAAAUAGCUUAUUAGCUGUAAAGGAGCCAAAAACACAAUAGAUAUAUUAAAUCAGUAGAGAGGAAAACAAAAAUUACAAAAAGAGUCAAUGAUGUGUUACUGAUAUGUUGAAUUCACAUUGGAGAGCCAGGAAAAGACAUGUCUGGGCUUUAAAUUUUCAUGUAGUUUACAUCUCUGUCAUUGAAGUCACAUGGCCAUGAUAGGUGGAACAAUUGGACAUAUGGGUGUGUCUUCCAAAACAAAGAUAAUUAUCAAAUAAGUAUAAAAUCCUGACACUUACCUAGAUAGGAACAUGUAUUAAAGCAUUUAUCACAUAAGGAAAUGGGCAGAUGUUAUAACUAGUUGACAAGAGAAACCAAAGAAUGGAAAAGUAAUAUUGAUCAGAAAUAGUAGGAUAAAUACAUUAAUAGAGGCCAGAUUGUUUGAUUGCUGUAUGAAAAGGAAAUUGAGCCUUGAGCAAAGGUUGUAUCAGUGACCUACAGGCUUCCAAAAGGAUGUAAAAGGGCUCAAAGAUGAUGUAAGACUGGAAUGAAAUAACCCAGAGUUGUGUUUUACAGACAUAGAUUAGUUUUUCAUUGAAACACAUUUUUAGCUAGAAUGUUGUAGUCUGACAGAAAGUUAAAACUUCCCUUCAAGAGAUGGUCUUUUCAACAGAGAGACCAGAUUUCCUAUCAGCCAUUUCUAGGCCAGUCCUGGUCAGGGCCAAUUGGCUACUGAUGACAUCACAAAGCCUGAGCUGUCACAAAGGCAGCUCCCUGAGCAAUAAGAGACCUGAGCAAGGGGACACAGCCAGCAGAGAGACACUGGCAUCUCAGGAGGCCCCAGCCAGAGGUAUCAUCAGUCUGAGCUGAUAGAGGCAGCAUCCAGCCGACACCAUGUCUCCGGGAAGACACCUCUGGAACCGCCGUCGCAGCAGGAGACACUCCCUCUCCCGUUCCACCAGGGCCGGGCUGCAGUUCCCUGUGAGCCACGUGGACCGCCUCCUGCGAAGUCAGUUCACCAACCACCUGAGCUCAGCGACGCCCGUGUUCCUGACCGCAGUCCUUGAGUACCUGAUAGCCAACAUCCUGGACCAGGCGGGGAAGGAGGCCUGCACCAACCACAAGGUGUGCAUCGGCCCGGAGCACGUGCAGAUGGCGCUGAUCAACAAUGAGAAUCUCCGCCGCCUCUUCCAGCCCCGUGCCUUCUCUCAGCCUGAAGCUUCACCACCCGCUCCUGAGAAUUAGGGAUGCCCAGGCCCCUGAGUCCAGCCACACCUCAUCAGUAGCUUCAUCUCGCCCCAGACUGCCCACAGAGGAGGGAGGCCUGGUCUUCUGCCCUUAGCGCUGCUAUUAAAGUGUUCAUGGCUGUGCUUGUAA